UUUAUGAUUUUUGUUGAUAUUUUAGAAACAAUGCUUGACUAAACUUGAUAUUAACCGUUAUAGCAGACAGAUCAUUUUACCAGAAGUUGGUGUUGAAGGACAAAAAAAAUUGAAAACUGCACGUGUUCUUAUAAUUGGCGUUGGUGGCCUAGGAUGUCCAUCAUCAAUGUAUUUAGCAAGUGCCGGAGUAGGUACGAUUGGACUAGUUGACUAYGAUGAAGUGGAACUUAGUAAUUUGCAUAGACAGUUGUUGCAUGCACAGUGCAAUGUUGGUAUGCGAAAAGUUGAGUCUGGUAAAUUAUCAUUAAAUCGUAUGAAUGAGGAUGUUAACAUUGUUGUUCACGAUGUUCAAUUGGAUGGUCAUAAUUCAUUGGACAUUUUUAAACAAUAUGAUGUAAUUAUAGAUGCUAGUGAUAAUUUAGUUACUCGAUAUAUAAUUAAUGAUACUUGUGUAAAAGCUGGUAAGCCUUUAGUCUCAGGAUCAGCUAUACAUUGUGAUGGGCAACUGACCGUUUAUAAUUACAAAGGAUCUGUAUGCUUUAGAUGUUUACAUCCAAAACCACAAUCCCCUGAAACUGUAGGAAAUUGUGCUUCAGCCGGUGUUUUGGGACCAGUUCCUGGGGUUAUUGGUGUUUUACAAGCAAUGGAAACUAUCAAAAUUAUUGUUGAUCAUCCAAAUGUAUUACACAACAGUUUACUGUUAUAUGAUGGUGGAGAUUGUGAGUUUAAAAAAAUUAAAUUAACAAAUAUAAAACGAAAUGAAUGUAUAUGCACAAGAAAUCCUGAUGAUAUAACAAUAACCAUGGACUAUGAAGAAUUUUGUGGAUCAAAAGCUAAUGAUAAAUUCAAAACGCUUAAUUUGUUGAAAGAAAAUGAACGUAUAACCGUUUUAGAUUUAAGUGAAUUAGUAUCUACAAAAAAUCCAUUUUUAAUGAUAGAUGUACGCAAAAAAGUAGAAUAUGACAUGUGCCAUUUACCUUUUUCCAUUAAUAUUCAACUAAGUGAUUUAAAACGUGAUGAUGCUCGUUCUAAGUUAAUUAAAAAAAUUAAUUCAUUUAGUAAUAURACUCCAAAUUUAAUAACUAUUUGUCGUCGAGGCAAUGACUCUCAAAGAGCUGUAGAUGAAUUAAAGAAAUACACUGAGAUAACAGACAAAGUCAAUUGGAUAAAAGAUGUCAUAGGAGGAUUAUAUGAAUGGAGUAUGCAAGUAGAUAAAGACUUUCCAAUAUAUUGAAAAAAAUAUAUUGUUGAUAAACUAUGUAAUGUAACUACUAUAACAUUGUAAUCAUAUGACAAUUAUUUUUAUAGUAAAAUAGGUYUCUGGAUUUUA